AUGGUGGUAGGCACCGACGAUGCGGAGCCGGGGACUGCGAGGAUCCCCGAAAGACAGCUUUUCCCCGUGAUGGAGCUCAAUUCAGCCUACAAAGCGCAACUAGAACCAGAAAUCUUUCCCAGCACGCCGAUGAGAUUGGAUCGAAUGAUCGAAGUUCCCACCUGGCGGAAGCCUGUUCCUGUCAAGACCAGCAAUAUACCUGACGCUAGAGAGCUUGCGGCACCUUCACCUCACACGGAGUUAUCCUCGUUCCCACCCUCUCAGCCAGCUCUUGGUCAAAGCUCGGCCCAACUUCCAUCCACAGAGUCGAAAGAAGCAGUGGCUGCGGAACAAAUUUCACGGCCAUCGUUUCCGAGCACAAGCCGAACGACGUUCCAAUCUGCGCAACAGAUUCCUGCCUUUGAGCUACGAGGACAGAAAUGGGGACCUUUCGAAAUAGGAAAAGACUUCUUCGCGUUGCAGCCGUAUCCUCUCGACUUACCGGCGCUACGACACCUCUAUCAAGGAACCUACUUCCGCACUUGGCAGCCGUGGAACUUCGAAGAUUUUGUGAACGAAAAUGGAUUUGCGACCAGGGGAACUAGAUAUCAGCCCGAACCACCACUGCUGCAAGCGAUCAACUCCAAGAUCUGGUCUGGUUUGGCACGGAACGGUGUACGCGCUCAACUCGUCAGCCAGCAGUUUACAGCGAUGCAAGGCGACUUCUUGUGGCCACCCGUCAAAGUGACUGAAGCCUGGACAAACCCGCUCGACAUUCCAGAUCGGGUGAGGGCUCUACAUAUUCGAAACGCGAUAGGAGAUCAGAUUCGAGCCCGCCCUCCCCAGCGUCCGGCCUUGUUCCAUUUACAAGUGGUGGUUGGGUAUCAAGCCAGGCAUAUCUUGAUGGUGCCCGCUCCCGUGCAAAAGCUUGUCGAGGAAUGGAAGAGUACAGCAGACUCGCAACUUUGGCUGUUCUUCGAAGGAAUGAGACCUUCGCACGAAAGAUCGAACCGGUUGGCUUUCCUGGGAGCUCAAUUCUUGCCGAAUGGCGCUCAUCAGUUAUUGCUCAAAGACAGGGUGUUGGAGGUCGCAUUAGCCUCUCUUGCUGCCUUCAACCAGCCGGGCCUCGCUGUGUUGACUUCAAAAGCUUGA